AUGUUUCACACUCCAUGUACGAAACUUAAGGACAACUAUCACCCCUUAAAUGCUUCUCCCAGUGAGAAAGAUCAAACAUAUAAUGAUUUUGGACAGCUCUUAGCUAUUGUUAUAGAAUUGUUCCUUGGCAAUGGCACUAAUAACUCAGGCUUUCUGGAAGUGAAUGCCAAAAAUGAUGCUAGCCUCACUGCCCUUGAUGUGCUAGUGAUUUUCCCAAGUGAGGCAGGUGACAGGGAAAUUGCAGACAUUCUUCGGGCUGCUGGAGCUAUGAGAGCAAAAGAUAUUAUCUGUUCUCCCGAUUCUUCAUUUCAAUCUGUCAAUCGAACCCCAGUAAGCAUCCCUACUGCACCAGAGACACGUCGAGCAUCACAAGCAAAUAAUCUGGUGGAGUACUUCAAAUUCAAGAAGGGUAGAGAUUCUCCAAGUGAAGCUCGGAGUGCACUGUUAGUUAUUGCAGUUCUGGUUGCAACUGCAACAUUUCAAGUUGGAGUUAAUCCUCCAGGAAGUGUCUGGCAAGGUAGUGACAAAGCUGGUCCAAAGAACGGCACCAAAUCCUUCAUCAACAAAGCACACUAUGCAGGGGAGUCACUUCUUAAUUUCAGAAUGGAUUUGAAGUUUCUGGAGGCAUCACAUAGUGGAAAUAUAGAGUGCUUGCUCCAAUAUCUGAGGGAGAAUCCACUGAUCCUCGACAAAAUUGCAGUAUUUCCUACAGAAAAUCCGUUACACGUUGCUUCAACAGCUGGACAUGUUGACUUUGUUAGAGAGAUGGUAAGGCUGAAACCAGAGUUUUCCAGAGAGAUAAAUCAAGAUGGUAUGAGUCCUAUGCACAUGGCAGCAGCCAUAGGCCAGAUAGAGAUUGUGAAGGAACUGAUGAAAGUUGACCCAAGUCUAUGCCGGUUAGAGGGAAAAGAGAAGAUGACUCCUCUUCAUUGUGCAGCUAUUAAAGGAAGGGCUAAGGUAAUAAGUGCAAUGCUUUUCACUUGCCCUGAUUGUAUUGAAGAUGUGACUGUUCAAAGAGAGACUGCUUUGCACCUUGCUGUCAAGAAUAACCAAUUUGAAGCAAUUAAAACAAUGGUGGUUUGGAUUAGGGAUACAAACAAGGAAGAUAUCUUGAACAUGAAGGACGAGCUAGGAAAUACAGUUCUGCACCUUGCAACCUGGAAACGACAACGCCAGGCAAGUCAGAAGUGUUGUCUCAUUCUAAGUUCACAACUUGGGCUAUUCUGUAACAUAGCUAUUGUCUAUUCCGAGAUGUUUCAUUCAAGUAAGGCCUUGAAGGUGAUGGAAUUGCUCCUUGACAAUGGCAAUGUUAGCUCCAGCAUUAUGCAAGUGAACGCCAAAAAUGAUACUGGUAUCACUGCUCUUGAUGUGCUAAUGGCUUUCCCAAGCAAGGCAGGUGAUAGGGAAAUUGUAGAUAUCCUUCGAGUUGCUGGAGCUAUGAGAGCAAAAGAUAUUACAGUCACUACAAAUUCUUCUUCUGAAUCUGUGAAUCAAACCUUAAUAGACAUUCCUACUACACCAGAGACAUGUCAAGCAUCGCAAGGGAGUAAUUUGCUGGAGUACUUCGGAUUUAAGAAGGGUAGAGACUCUCCUGGCGAAGUUCGGACCGCACUGUUAGUAGUUGCAGUUCUGGUUGCAACUGCAACAUACCAAGUUGGAGUUAACCCUCCAGGGGGUGUUUGGCAAGAUAGUUACAUACCAGAUCGAAACAAUAGCACCAAAUCUGUCAUCAGGAAAGCACAUUUCGCUGGGGAGUCGGUCAUGGCAACGUCAGAUGCUAUUGCAUUUUGCAUCUUUAUGCUUUUUAACUCGAUAGGAUUUGCAUUGUCUCUUUUCAUGAUCAGCAUCCUCACAAUCAAGUUCCCCUUGCAAUUUGAGCUGCAAUUAUGUAUAAUUGCAAUGUAUACCACUUACAGCACUGCAUUACCAACCCUUGCACCAGAUGAGGUCAGGCUCUAUGUCAUCUUAGCUAUAAUAAUUGCGUGUGUACUGAUACCAGUUACGAUCAAGUAUGCAAGGCCGCAUGCCAAGAGGGUUAAAGAGUAUGUAUCCGAUGUCUUUCAUGAAAUCAUUUGA